AUGGAUUGGGCAGCCGAAAAAGACUUGUAUUUCACCACCAAAAAGCACAUUGUUUUAGACAAAGACACCACUUUGGCGACUGGAAGCUUUGGUCUUAAACUCGCUGGUUUUGGCAACUCUAGACGAGAAGGAGAGCCGAAAAAUUAUCCAAUAACAAGUGCUAGCGAUGUCUACAGUGCUGCUGUUUUAAUUUGGGAAAUUGUUGAGAAAAGUGAAGCCCAUUUUGAUGAUGUGGAGCUGGAACACCGCCCUUUCGCAGCGAAAUUUUCCCACAUUAAAGAUAUACCACUUAAGGAGCCAAGUCUUUUUGAGAAACUUCAAAAGUUAAUUGAGAGUGGAACUCAAUUGGAAGCAAAAGAUCGGACUCCAGUUUUUGCCGCUUUGUUGACAACGAAAGGUUUGCGAAAACAACACACAGAAUGGCUUAAAUUGAAGAAUGGUGAAAAUCUAUGUGAAUUGUGCUUGAAAAGUUACGUGCAUGAUAAUCAAACGGUGUCUACUCCAGAAAUCAGGAAAGUGACACCAACGGUUAAAUUAGCUUUAACACAGUUGCUGAGUAUUGAUCAUCAAGAAAUGGAGACUUUGGAAGGAAUCCCCAAGAAAUUACUAACAGAGCAAACACCUUCUACAAGUGAAGCCAGUGAAAACGCUUCACUUCGUCACCAUCAAACCGGCGAUCAUGUUAAGGGUCUGCGUCUGCGCGGUUCAAUUCAACCUGCAUUCGACUUUAAGACUUUUCAGCCUACUGCAAUGGAUGAGAUACAAAUUCCAGUGCAAUUUUUACCGGAAGAGGAACUUGCUGACACAGAUUUCAAUUUGCUUUCCCGUGGUGACUUUGGGACAAUCUUUACACUCAGUGGGUUGCAAUUGGUCGCCGAGACAAUUGCGCGAGUCACUCUUAAACGUGUUCGAAUCGAUCCACCAACUGCGGCAACGGAGCUAGACGCUAGAUUUCUGAAGGAGCUACAUCUUUCACAGACUUAUAAACACUCAAAUAUCAUUACAUUCUAUAAAGAUUACGGGGAGCCAUCAACUGAUGAUCCGACAAAGUUCACUCAUUACUGCUGGAUUAGCGAGCGGAUGGACCCUUUGGAGAAAUACUAUGAAAGCCAGCGUCGACGAGAUUGUAUGCACGGAUUUGCAGUAAGGGACAUUCGCCUUCUGUGUGAGCUUAUGACUCAGCCACUGCGAGCUCUCGACUAUCUGCAUUCGUUUGGAGUUUUUGGCUUGAACCUCUCUCCCAGAAGCAUUAGCAUAAAAGAGGGCGAAGGAACUUUUAUCGUGAAAAUCUCGGACUUCGGAUUGAUAAAUGAUGAAAUCCAUUGUCACACAAAGGACCUCAACGCGCUUAUCUAUAAAUCGAUCGAGGUUUUGGAGGGGAAACCAGUCGGCAGCUGUGCUGAUAUUUGGGCUAUUGGGACAAUCGCAAUCGAAUUUCUUGGAGUCAAACUUUUCAUGCCAACCGGGAGUGUGGAAGAGAUUGCAGAAAAAAUUACCCAAAACGGACCAGCGAAAGUUGUCUUGAAACGAAUUGAGACUGUGCUCAAGAACUUUGAUCAAAUCUCUAAUGAAUGGCGAAGCAGAGUUGAGAAAGAUUUGGGAGCAAUCAGCAUACUCAACUUCAUAAAAUUAAUGAAAUCGAUGCUUGAGCGGAGACCUCUGGAUCGACCAAUCGUCGAAAGUUGUCUAAAGGAUCCAUUCUUGACAGAGUGCAAUGUAAAUGAUAUGCGAGAGGCGCGAAUCGCGAAUGAA